AUGGAGGAUUCUGAAUCUCUUUCCCAAGGUAGCAACGACUAUGAUUCAGAUGUUGAGAUGUCAGAAGAAGAAUGUCUGAAGUAUGCACAACAAGUGAAGGAGAGGUUUGAAGAUGAUGAGGUACAAAAAUCUUGUAGAAUGGCUUUAGCUAGGAUGAUUAUCCUCGAAGAGCUUCCAUUCAACUCCAUACACAAACAAGGGUUCCAGAUGUUGAUGGGAGGAAUUAAUCCAUAUUUCAAGAUCCCCACUAUACGAGAGCUAGGAUCCGACUGCGUGAAGGUGUUCCUGCUGCAGAAGGAGGAGAUGAGGAAGUUUUUCGGUUCACGAGGCAUGGGAAGAGUGUCAAUCACCGCGGAAUGCUGGACUUCAACGGAAGGCUUGGAUUUCAUCUCUGUCACAGCACAUUGCAUCGACAAGGAAUGGAAACUGCAUAGGAAAAUAAUCAGUUUUUCGCAGCUGCAAUCUCACAGUGGAGAGGAUGUUGCUGCGGUUGUUACUGCCGCGGUGAAGGAGUGGGGGCUGCAGAGGGUUCUCUGCUGCACCAUGAAAUCGGAAAAUGAUGUAGCGAUAAGGCACAUGAAGUCGGUGUUUGAUGAGAGGAAUAUGGUUAUUGGUGAUGGAAAAUAUCUUCACGUGCGAUGUGUUGCAAACAUAAUCAAUUCGGUUGUGAGUGAGGGAUUAGCGGAGAUAGACAUGUCUGUGAGACGAGUCAGAGAAGCCGUGAAAUGGAUAACAGCUUAUAGAAGUAGAUCUGAUCAAUUCAAAGAUCUUGCAAAACUAUAUGGUGUUGAUACUGAGAGAGAUUUGCGUGUGGAUAUCCCGACUAAGUGGAGCUCUACUUACUUAAUGCUAGAGGCAGCAUUGCCAUACGAGCCGGUCAUGGAAGGAUACCAGAUUCUGAAUCCCGAGUUUGUCAUUAAUUUGAAUGAGACGCAAGGCGAUGAUCUUACUACUAUCGGGUUUCCUGGAGUUGAAGAUUGGCUCGCGAUUAAGAGGAUGCGUGUUUACCUCCGAAGGAAAUGUGCACUAUCUUCGGUAUGAUUCAGCAGUUGGAGAGGGAUGAAGACGAUGCCAAGAGAAUUUUGGCAACGAAGAUGAAGACGAGGCUUGGGAAGUAUUGGUCUGAGGAAACAGAGUUGAACCCAAAAAUGAACAAGAUACUCUACAUCGCUGCGUUGUUGGAUCCUAUGCUGAAGAUGAAACAUGUGCAGUUAUGUCUGAAGAUAGUGUAUGGUGAUAAUCGGGCAAAUGAGUUGAUGGAGGAGUUGACCAAGUCAAUGAAUGACUUGUUUGACUUGUUUGACUUGUACCAGAAAGAGAUGGCUCCGAUUUUGGGUCAAACACCGGCAACACCAAUGUCCGAUAUACAUGUUCCUGAUGACUAUGGCUCCAAUGGGUCAGAGAUCACUCGAUACUUUGCGGAAGAGCGAUACGAGAUGAAAGCUAGUGAGGUUGAUUUUGAUAUUCUUCAGUGAUGGUCGAGUUAUGGUUCGCGCUUUCCUGUUUUAUCUGCGAUGGCAAGAGAUAUCAUGGCUAUACCCGUAUGUAGUGUUGCUUCUAAGGCUGUGUUUAACACGGAGAGUCGUGUUCUAUCUGAAUUUAGAAGCUCUUUGCCUCCGAGGUAUAUCGAAGCUUUGAUUUAUGCUAAAGAUUGGUUGUCUAGUUCCAGUGACUAUGAAGAUGGUGAGUAGUUGAUUUUAAUCUGUUAUUAUCAAGCCAGUGUUAUAGCUUGACUUUUAUUGGCACGUUGAACUCAAUUUCAUUCUGUUUUAGUUCAAAAUUUUAUCUAAGUAGCUUUUCAAAUUUCUGAAUGUCAAUUACUGUUUAUGUUUAUGA